AUGGCGAGAGUUACACCAGGUGUGUGGUGGGGACCUCAUAUAGCCCAGGGGCUAAGUAUUGCCCACCCCUGGUCUAAAUGCUUAGGUUUAAAGCUCCAGACCUGUAGCCACUAUAACUGUAGGUCUUGUUGCAUUAAUUUUUCAGAUAAACCUGCUUCAGAAAGAGAUGGUCAAGUCCAGUCACAAACAGCAUUAAAAAUCCUACAACAGCAGCUGGAUUCAUUUCAAGCCCUUCGACAACAAACUUUGCAGAAUGUUAGCAUGGUUCAGUCUGAAAUUAACGAGAUACUUAAUAAAAAUAUAUCUGAUAUGAAAAGUUCAGAAUUUAAUCCAGACAAUUCAGUUUUGACCAGCACAGCUAUCAACAUUGCUAUGCCAAGGGGGUAUCAAGAAGCAUCACAUUUUAAGAAGCCCCUUCAUCUUGAUAACAGUUCUGCUACCAGCCACUGUCCGGAAACCAAUUUCAACACUGUAUUUGGAAAGACUAUCCAAGCCGAAAAUAUUCCACAUCAGAUUUUGUUAAAAUAUAAAACUAUCGAAAAGUCAGAAAAUCAUGCCCCAACAUCCAGAAAUAAAGCUGUGCUGUCUUUAAAUAGUGACCGUGCAUUGAAAAAUUCUGCCAACAAUAUUUGUUCCCCAUCUUUUGUCGGUUUGGAAAUAGAAGAGAUGACUCCUCUAAGGGAGAUCAAAUCUUACAUUGAACCAAAAACGUCCAUGGCAUUCUGUAAGUAUGAUGAUGAGGAUGCUGAGUGUUUGACAGAGUGUAUAAGCUCUUCUUUCAAGGAUAUAAAAGAGGAGAGUAAAAAGACUCCUAGGCAUGAACUGUCAUAUACCUUUGAACUUCAAAACUCUUCUAACAUUGCGUGUGGCAAAGACAAUGAUUCUGGCUAUCUGUCAGAACAGGAUCUAACAGAAAAAGCAAUGGAUACAUCAAAUGAGGAUUUUAAAUGCAGGAAAAUUUCAGAACUGGAGGAUUCAGAGUGUCAUAGUCCCAUGGUUCCUUCUAAAGAAAAUAGCCAAAGUGCAGCACAAAUAGCAGUUGAGAACAAGUACUGGAAUAAAGAACUUUUCAUGAAAGGCUGUACUCUUGACAAGCUGCAGUUAAAUUUUUUGACCAAUGAGGUAAAAGAUCAAUUGCUAUUUACAAAUCAUAUGGAAGAAAGUCAUAUAGACCGACAAGAGUUGAGACAACCUGAAGUUCUGGAAUUCUGUGAUAUCAAUGCUGGAUCUGAUGACUAUGCUAAAAAGGUUAGAUUGUUACAGUUGUCUAUAAAAGAAUCAGAACAUGUUCAGAAAAAAGUGAUGAACCUUGAACAUGAAAAUGUAGAUCUCCGGAACCAAAUGAAACCUCUUACUGAUAUUAUACAGUCUCUAACAGAGCAAAACUCAAAAUAUCAGAAGCAAAUUAAGGAUUUACACGAUGAGAAGAAUAACAUCCAAGGGAGGCUAGUGAAAUCGGAGGGAGAUUGCAAGGAAUGCCUUAAAGAAGUGAAAAGAAUACUGAAGAAAUGCAAGGAACUUCAACAGCAAAAGGCAACCCUGGAAGAAAAGCAGGAUCAGCUUUAUGCUCAAAAUCAACGCCUUAUGCACGAGAUAAAUGAUUUUCAGACAAAAGACCAGAAAGCACGGGAAAGUUUGGCUUCUUUCACAAAAGGAAAAGUUGAUCUUAUUGUGGCUUUAGAAUCUUUGAAAAAACAACUUGUGAUGUUUCAAGAAGAAAAUAAGACGUUGGGGGAGAAAAUAUGUCAGCUUACAGACCAAAAGAGUUUCCUGGAAAAGGAAAUUGGAGAAAAACAGGAAGAAAUAAAACAACUGAAAGAAAAUGAGAAAACAGCCAUAUCUGAUCUACAGGGUCUUCUUAAUGUGAUACAUUCACUUAAGGAUGACAAAUUGAAUCUUGAUAAAACAUUGCAGGAAGCAAUUAGUGCUGAAGAAGUCCUACAGAAAGAGCUUGUGGAGGCGCAGUCAGGUAGAGCUAAUGCUGAGGAAAAGCUUCUGAAUGAAUGUAAAAAUGCAAAAAUAGAAAUUGGGGUUGUGAAAUCUAACUUGUCCAACAUGGAAAAAGAGUGUGAGAGGCUGAGAAAGGUGGUAACAGACAUGACAGAUGACAACUGGAUUCUCAAAAAGGAGCUGCAUGAAUAUAAACAGGAGGCUUCUGAUCACAAAAAUAAAAUAAGACAACUUAGCGAGGAACUCUUACUGAUGGAAAAUGAAAUGCGUUCUACAGAGAAUGAAAGAGAUGUAUUGCAGUUUGAAGCCCGCCGUCUUCAAAGGAAUAAUGCGAGCCUCAGGGACCAAGUUACUGCUUUGGUCAGUGAACAGUAUAAGCAAAGGUACUAUUCUGGAAGCCAAGAGCAAAAUGAUCAACCUGCAGAUCCCCCUAAAAUCUGUGAAGAAAUAUCUAGUUACCACCAUAUUUCUUUAAUACAUGAUCCACCAGAGUGUGGAAAGAUUGCUGAAAUCCGAAGGAAACUGGAAGAAGAGGAACUCUGUACAGGCAAGAGGUGCAACAACAUCAAGAAGUUCUACAGUGCUUUUUCAGUCAGCUGCACCACCUCCGUCAUAAGAGAGUCGGGUUUUCCAACUGCUGUACAGAAGAAAUACAGCACUCUUUGCUCCGCCACUUAGUGCUUUGAGGGUUCAGCACACCGACGUUGCGGACUAAAUAUAUUUCUGAUCAUGCUGCUCAAGAAACACAGCAAAGAGCAGAGUGACCAGAAAUUCAAGAACGAUGAAACUAGGAAAGAAAUUAACCUGAGGUUGCGGAUGAGAACGAGAUCCAAACUGCUACAUGCUCACAUGCCUUCUCUUUAUUUAUGG